AUGGACGAAGUAAUUCCCGUGGACAUGGCGGAGAGAGAGGUAGAGAUUCGCCCGAAGGAGGCACAGAAGAGGAGGAAAGUAACGGAUGCGUACAAUGUGGAGGAUCCCUUCUUUGAGGAGGAUAAAGUAGUUGGAGCCUUUGAGUGCACGUACAGGAACUUCUACUGCCUCUCCGGGGAGGCUCCAGAGAAUUUCGGGGUGGAGAGGGAGAGAAAAGAAGCCUCUGAGAAGAAGGAGAAGAGGGAGAUAAGCCGUGAGAGGUACCAGAUAAAGAAGAUGGAGGCUCUGGAGAAGUGCCAUUCCGUGGGACCUGAGGAAGUGGACUCUUUUGCCCGGGAUCUUGUCGUUUUGGAGGUUCUUACAUCGCAGGAUCUGAGCGCAGAGAGUCUCCUGGAGGAGGUGAAGGAGAAAAUUCCCGGGGGAAAUCCGCGUCUUUUCGAGGGAAUUCGGCACUGGAUGGGAGAAUCUGGCCUCAGGAAGAUCCAGGACGGAGCAGAAGCGCAGGAGAGAGAAGCCCUCGAGAGGGUGAAGGAGGAAAUUUCAAGGCGAGUGAAGGAGAAAAAAGAAGAGAAAAUUGUGUUUGAUGAUGAAUUACUCGAUGUUCUUGCGGGGUAUGUGGAGGUGCAGUAUCUGCUCUUUUACGUGCGUCUUUUCUCCUCUGGGAAGAAGCGAGUUCUGGAGCAUAAGGUCAAGAAGAAUAUUGUGAAGGAGUUGCAGGAAGUUUUUCCUGUGGGCUGCAGAAGUGCUUCUUUGGGGAAGAAAAUAGCGUCUUAUGUCACGAAGAAAAGCAAGGGCGGAGGUGCUAAGAGGGCGGUUAAGGAGAGCGAUGAGAGCGAAGGGAGCGAGGAGAGUCGGGGGGAGGAUUUGCCUGGAGGAGAUGGAGAAAGCCCGAAUAAUAACCCGAAUAACCUGGUAGUUGAUAGAGAGGAAAAAAGUGAAAAAACAGGGAUCUUGGAAGGAUCUGUGCCUGAGAGUGCGGGAGAAGAGCUCUCUCUGGGGGGAGAGAGUCUUUUGAGUGCGGGGAGUGCGGGGGAGGAGUCUGGGCGGGCUCCAGAGAGUGCCUUCGGGGGAGGACUCCCGGAAACUCCAGCACCGCCUGCGAGGGGGAAGCGGGGGAUAAAGCGGAAAAAUGCGGUAGAAGAUCUCCGGGCGGGGGAAGAGCUGGGAUCUGCUCCGGAGGUUCAGAGUGUGGACCCGAGCAAGAUCUCAAGUGGGCCUGCGGGGGAGAAGGAGAGUCUUACGAGCAAGCGACAGAAAAGAAGCCCCAGCAGCUCAAAGAAGGGCCAGGGGAAGCGCAAGCCCCCGGUGGAGGGUUCGAAUACCCCGAAUAACCCGAAGGCAGAGGCAGAGACUCUAAACGGGUCUGACUUGGAGACUGUAGAGGCGCAGGAGGUUCUAGAUACAACAGAAUAA